ACUUCACAGCAAAGGAGGGGACAUCGGCACAGGCAAGCCUUGGUUUUGGGGAAUGGCAUGGCCCUUCCGCAUUCCCUGCUCCCACCCACGCUCUGUGUGUUCUGUUCUGUUCUCUCGGCAGGUAUAUCCGCACCAUGUACCUGGGGAUUCAGAGCCAGCGGCGGAAGGAACACCAGCGACGCUUCUACUGGGCUAUGAUGUAUGAAUAUGCAGACGUCAACAUGUUGCGCCUCCUUGAGACCUUCCUGGAGAGCGCCCCCCAACUGGUGCUACAGCUCUGCAUAAUGAUCCAGAAGAACAGCGCCGAGACGCUGCCCUGUGUCUCCUCUGUGACUUCCCUGAUGUCCCUGGCUUGGGUGCUAGCCUCCUAUCACAAGCUGCUGCGGGACUCCAGGGACGACAAGAAGAGUAUGAGCUACAGAGGGGCCCUCAUCCACCUCUUCUGGCGCCUCUUCACCAUCUCAUCCAGAGUUAUCUCUUUUGCCCUCUUUGCUUCCAUAUUCCAGCUCUACUUCGGGAUCUUCGUGGUGGUUCACUGGUGCGCCAUGGCCUUCUGGAUCAUCCAUGGCGGAACAGACUUCUGUAUGUCCAAGUGGGAGGAGAUCCUCUUCAACAUGGUGGUAGGGAUCGUGUACAUUUUCUGCUGGUUUAACGUCAAGGAAGGGCGGACUCGAUAUCGAAUGUUUGCAUAUUAUACGAUAGUGUUGACCGAGAAUGCUGCCUUGACGUUCCUUUGGUAUUUUUACAGAAACCCGGAGACCACUGACUCCUAUGCGGUGCCAGCACUGUGUUGUGUCUUUAUUAGCUUUGUGGCUGGGAUCGCAUUGAUGCUCUUAUAUUAUGGUGUGCUGCAUCCCAUGGGGCCGCGAGUUAAGAUUUUGGCCAGCUCCUGUUGUGCCGAGCUGCUCUGGGGCAUCCCUCUGCCCCCCGAUGUUGAGCCCAUGGCGCCUCAGACCCCUGGGUACCGGGGGACCCAGGUCACGCCUACCAGAGCCGUAACGGAACAACAGGAGGAUCUCACGGCUGACACUUGCUUGCCCGUUUUCCAAGUGAGACCCAUGGGGCCCUUGACCCCGUCGGGGCGUCCUUACCACCCAGAAGGGCCCCUCAUUAAGAUUGACAUGCCAAGAAAGAGAUACCCAGCUUGGGAUGCUCAUUUUGUAGACAGGAGGUUGAGAAGGACUAUUAACAUUCUGCAGUAUGUCACCCCCACCGCAGUAGGCAUUCGGUAUCGAGACGGACCGCUCCUUUAUGAGUUGCUACAGUAUGAGUCUUCACUCUAA